AUGCCCCUAGACAGAGCCACAGCCGCUUACUGCGCGCGGGCCAUCUCGGAAUUGAAGGCCACCCGAGAGGGCUCCCUGAGCAGGACUGAGCUGAAGAAGCUGCUGCAGGAAAUUCUGGGGGCCAGUGCCACCGACGAUCUUAUCUUUUCCCUCAUGGCCGAAAUUGAGCAAGACUGCACGGGCCAAAUCGAGUUCGCGGAAAUUCUGCGGGUCUUUGAACGCCAAGCCGCGGAAGUUUACGACGAAGAUGAAGUCCAAGAUAUGAGUGAGCAGCAGCAGCAGCAGCAGCAACAGCAGCAGCAAAAGCAGCAGCAACAGCAGCAGCACGAGCUGCUUCAAUUGCUUUGGCCUUUGCUCAGCUAA